UUGGUUAAUAUUAAAAAUAAAUCCAUUUUUUUAUUUUCUUAAUUGACGACGUCACUAGUCAUUAUCUUUCCUUGCUUUAAGUACAUUUGUAAAUAUCAAGGUUAAUUAACAAUUUUUUUAAUCCAUUUAGUAGAUUAAAAUUGCAUAAACGCACCUACGCACGCCUUACGUAAGCACCCAAUUUAAUGUGGUAAAGUUACAGAGGUAAUAGUAGUUUUCUGUUCUGCGUAAAGUGUCAGGAAGGAUUUACUAGUCGUGUGCUUGUCAGAGUAUUUCGUUUUUAGAAAGCUUUACUAUUUCCGUUUAGAAUAUUCAGCUUCGUGAACUUGAACAUAAUCAAUAGUCAUACUCACUUGUGAAACGCGUCGAUUAACAACAGGAGUCGAAGAUGGAGGAAAUCCACAUCCAAAUAGAAGACAGUUCGCCUUCAAUAGAGCACACCUUACGUCCAAUAACGUACACUUCCUGGCUCAUGGGAGUCGGCGUUGCACAUCCGCGCAAAUGCCACAAGAGUGUCACGAUAAUUCUACGUAUAGUUUAUUUAGUUUUGUGUUGUAUUAUUAUGAAAUCCGACAUGACAAAUUUCUUCACCUUUGGCAGCGCGGUCGCUAUUAAAGGCGACAUAUUCGAGUUGAUGUGCUUAAUAAACCUGAUGAUAAUUUACGUAUCUACGUAUUACUACAUUUAUCAAGGGAUCAGGCAAUACGGCAAGUGGCCGGAGCUAAUGGACAGAAUAAAGGAGCUUGAUGAGAAGAUCAGAAUGGAAACAUUUAUGAAUGACCGGCCAGUAAAAAAUGUGGAAGCGCUAGCGAUUCUGACGACAUUCGCUUGGUGUACUUUAACCCUAAUUGUGCACGUCUUGUAUUAUUACUUUACAAAUCCCAAUUUAAUCUUCGAAACUGACUUAAUGUAUUACUUCAUGUCCACCCAAUCCCUGAUCAACAGUUUUGUCUUCGACAUUCUUGUCUAUGUGGUGUAUUACAGAUUCCAAACGAUAAAUAAAUUGAUUGGCCAAUUGAAUGAGCUAUCGAAUACGCCGUGGGUCGCGUAUAAGAUCAGACGCAUCCGAGAAAUGCAUAAUGGUAUCUGUGACCUCGUCAUCAUGAUAAGCGAUAUUCACGGGUUUUAUCUCCUUUUCUGUUCGGUGAACUGCCUCACCAUGGUCAUAUCUACACUAAUCAACAUCUACAUAGCAAUCGUGGAGAAAAACAGCACGUUUAUAUUGUCAACUAAUGGUUUUACGAUUCUGUACACCACGCAAUUUGGCCUGAUGUGCUGGAUUUGCACGCUCGCGCGUCGAGAAUUCGAGAAGACCGGGAUAAUUAUAUACGCAAUAUUACUGCAUUCCAAACCUGGGCAUCUUGAUAAACUAAACGGGACGAGGAAUCAAUCGAAUCUAGAUGUGCGAACGCCACUGGAAGGUCCGGAUAGCGAGCAAAAUUCUAAUUGGAGUAGCGGUAACAGUUUGAACAACGUCAUCAUAGAACAUCUCUUACGUAAAAACUUGGUCCGUGAUUGUGUCAGAAACGAGAUCAACGAUUUUUUGAUUCAAUUGCAACAUCGUCGAGUAGUAUUUACGGUCUGUGAUUACUUCGAAAUGGGUAAUGCUUUAUUCUGUGGCUUUAUUGGAGUGAUUUUUGCUUAUUUAGUAAUCUUCAUUCAAUUCUAUCAACGACCCGGAAACAAAAACGAACGUUUAUGGAAUAUAGCUAACGACACGCAUUCUGAUGUGUCAGAAUUGUAAUUGUAAUAUAGUGUGUUAUUCUUUACUCUUACGUGAAACAUCAAGGAGAAUUCACGAUGCACAUUUGUCAGAGUGUUUUGCUUUUAGAAGAAACUUAUAUUUUUUUACAAAAUAGUCUGCAUCGGAUACAAAAUAUUUUGUACGGGAAACUUUAAUAUAACAGCAGCCAUAUUUGCUUGCAAAAUGAGUCACUUAAGAAGAAAAUAAGAAGUAAAAUUAAGAACAAUGUUUGCCAAGAAAAUAAUUUGCCAUAGAAAGGGUAUACUUUACGUCCAGUAUCACAACUAUAAGAAAGAUUUUAGGAUAUAAUGCUAUUAUUCUUCAAUCUAUCAUAAAUAGAAUCGAUAUAACACCAAUCAUAUUAAUUAUCAAAGAAGAAAUAUUUUAUUCUUAAUUGGAAAUCUCUGAAAUGUAGAAUAAAUUAAUGAUUUUAAUGAUAUCUUACUAAUUUUUUAAGAAUAAUUUAGUACAUCUGUGACAAUCUUAUGAUAUUCUAGAUUUAGAUUUUAGAAUAGACCGAUUUGAAGAAUAGAUCUAAAAAUCUGAUCUUAAUAUUUCUGGAAGGGUUAAGUUCAUUACACCAAUACUGACACUAACACGUUAACGUAUAACGUAUAAUUUUCUUGUUCCUGCAUGUUAUUUCUGUAUAAAAGUAAUAGAACAAUGGUAUGGCUCAUCGGCUUUAAUAAUAAAAAGAGCGACGUCUUCGUUCUGUUAUAACUGCUCACGUUGUUGUUAUCAACAAAAGACGAUAGCAUAUAUGUUCGCAUUAAAUAUUAUGGUGCUAACAUCGUGCGUUAUAAAAUCGAGCAAAGACUUAUUCUAAACGUAAAAAUAUAUAAGUUUAAAAUUAUAUAUAUGUUACUCUUGUCUGAAAAUAAUAAAUUUUACUUAAUUCAAAAAAGAAGAAUAGGAAUUAGUGAUGUAAUCUUAAUAUUGUUUUAUGUUUAUACUGCAUGAGAUUACAAUAAAAUUAAAUAUAUCAAAAGUAUUUUUUGUCUUAAUAUCAGAAAUCCUUUUUAAGAGGACAUAUACAUCUUGAUUUAUGGACAUAAGCGUUAUACAUUUUCAAAAAUUUUUAAAAGCUAUGAUGAUAAUCAUAUGUAGUGUUCAUUCAUGCAUAUUGUUAGCGCGAUGUACAUGAUUUCUUUACAUUUGAUAUCACUUAUCGAUAUCACUAUUCGAUAUCACUGACAGUGAUAUAUUAUGAACGUUUUUGACAGCGAUAUAUUUAAGUUAAUAUAUACUGUAUGAACAGCGUGAUGUGUUGCAUGUCGGCGUAUUACUACGUUUCACAUAUGAUUACGAGAUCAGGCAGUACGACAAGUGGUCAGAGCUGAUGGACAGAAUAAAAAAGAUUGAUUAGAAGAUUAGGAGAGAAACACCCAUGAGUGACCAGCCAAUAAAAGAUAUGGAAAUGUUGAAGAUUUUGGCAACAUUUACUUGAUGUUCUUUAUUUCUGAUCGUUCAUGCCUUGUAUUAUUAUUUCAUAAAUCCGCUAUAUAUUUCUCUAUCCGACUUGCUUUAUUACAUAUUAACGUAGUUGUUGAUCAAUAAUUUUUGUCUUUAAUAUUACCGUCUAUUUAUUGUAUUACAGAUUUCAUAAAGGAACUAAUCGGCCAGUUGAAUGAGUUAUCUCGUGCCUUGAUCUCAAGAUUAGACGCAUCAGGAUUGGACAAUGGGAAGUGGUUUUUUGUGAACAUUAUCUUUUGUAUUAUUAUAAUUGAAGUGUAUAUGUAUGGCCCAAAAUGUAGUUUAAUACAAAUUAUAAAAAGAUAAUAAUAUCAAAUCGAAAUGUCAAAUCGUAAACUGUAUACAGGUAUUUGUGAACUUGUCAUGGUAAACAAUAUUCAUGAUUUUUAUUUCUUUUUUUACUCGGUAAAAUGUUUUAGCGUAAUUGUAGCAACUAUUAGAAUUGUUUAUUUAUUUAAAAUCGACAUGCGCGUCAUAAAGAAGAAUUUUGUGUUUAUACAAUUACGUAGUAUGCUUCGUAUUUUAUAUGUCACGUAAUUUAAUUUAAAAUCUUAUAUCAUUGAUGAUUAUCUCUUUUUGUAAUCUUCUUUGCAAUAUUAUUAUAUCCUGCUUACACUUGUACGUCCCAAGCUUAAUUAACUAUUUUACUAAAUGUAUUUAAUUUAUUAAAACCGUUUGUAUGAAGAGCAACUGGCAUACCCUCUAAUGUUGCUAAAGUAAUACGUCGUUUUUUAUUCAGCGUAAAGCACCAGAGAGAUACAACGCGCUUGCUUGUCAGAAUAUUUUGCUUUUUAUCUGCUAUUUUCUGUAAAAUAAUUGCGAGAAACUUUAAAAUAAUUAACAACCAUACUUGUUUGCAAAACACGUUCGAUUAGUGUAAAAUACGAGGAAAAAUGGAGGAACAGGUGCAUGUGAAAGUGGAAGACAACUCAUCUUCGAUAGAGCACAUCUUAUGUCCAAUAACGUAUAUCUCGUGGUUCCUGGGAGUCGGUAUUGCACAUCCGGGCAAAUGCCGCAAGAGUGUUACAAUAGUCUUACGUAUAAUUCAUGUGGCUUUGUGGUUUAUUAAUAUGAGAUUCGAUUUAAUGAACGUUUACUUUAUUUUCAUACUUACUACUGAAACCGACAUAUUCUACCUCACGUUCAUUAUACAAUUAGUGAUAAUCCACGUAUCUACGUUUUACUACAUUUAUCAAGGGAUCAAGCAAUACGACAAAUGGUCAGAACUAAUGAAUAAAAUAAAGGAGCUUGAUCAAAAGAUUAGGAUGGAAAUACUUAUAAAUGACCGGCCAGUAAAAAAUGUGGAAGCGCUAGCAAUUCUAGCAACAUUCGUUUGGUGUCCAUUGUCCCUGAUUGUGUACUUCUUGUAUAAUUAUUUUACAAAACGAUAUACGAUUACCAGAAUUGAGUUUAUAUAUUACUUCAUGUCAAUCCAGUCGUUGAUUAACAGCUUCGUCUUCGACAUUAUCGUCUAUGUGCUGUAUUACAGAUUCCAAAUGGUAAAUAAAUUAAUCGCACAAUUAAAUCAGCUAUAUGAUGCGCCAUGGAUCGCGCAGAGGAUCAGACGCAUCCGAAAAAUCCAUAAUGGUAAGUUUUUAAAACUAUUAUCUCUUGUGUUGUCGUAAUUUAAGAUGCAGUUCAAGAUACAGUUUACUACAAUUUAUGUAAAAAAUUGUAAUGAUACCAAGAUGUAAAUUGUAAUAGAAUCGUAAAUUUUGGGUUUUGCAGGUAUUUGUGACCUCGUCAUCAUGGUACGCGAUAUUCACGGACUUUAUCUCCUCUUCUUCUCGCUGAAUUGUUUCACCACGGUUGUAUUUAUACUACUUACAAUCUACGCAGACAGUACGGAGGCGGGCAACUUAUCUAUAUUGCCAAUUGGCCUUAUUAUUCUGUACAUUACGCAAUUUGGUUUGAUGUGUUGGAUUUGCACCCUUGCGCGUCAAGAAUUCGACAAGACCGUGAUAAUUAUAUACGAAAUUGUACUGAAUUGCAAAUCUGCGAAUCCUGAUGAACUAAACGGGACAAAAAAUCAAUCGAAUCUAGAUGUAGGAACGCCACCGGAUAGCGAGCAAAAUUCUUGGAGUAGCAGUCACAACCUGAACAUUGUCGUCAUGGAACAUCUCUUACGCAAAAGCUUAGUUCGUGACUGUGUCAGAAACGAGAUCAAUGACUUUUUGAUUCAACUGCUACAUCGUCGAGUAGUAUUUACAGUUUGCGACUUCUUCGAAAUGAGUAAUGCUCUAUUCUGUGGUGUGAGUGCACAAUUUAUUUAUUACAAUUUAUGUAAAAUUACUUUUGAAUUGCAAUUUAAGUAAUAGCUCUCGUGCAAAUCAAUUAACUCAAUUCAAAUUAUUUUUCAGUUUAUUGGAGUGAUCAUUGCUUAUUCAGUGGUCGUCAUUCAAUUUUAUAAACGACCCGAUGAUCUAAACGAAAACUUAGUCGAACGUUUAUGGAAGUUAGCUAUGAAGAAACAUUCUAAUGUGUCAGAAUUGCAACAGUAAUAUGUCGUUCUUUAUUUUUACGUGAAACAUCAAGGUAAAUUUAUAAUGCGCGUUUGUCAAUAUUUUGGUUUCAGAAAAACUUUAAUUACUUUUUCCGCAAAUAUUAUGCAAAAUAUCGGAUACAAAAUAUUAUAUAUAAGAAACUUUAAUGUAAUAGCGACCAUAUUUGUUUGCAAAAUGAGUCGUUUAAAAAGAAAAUAAAAGGUGAAAUGGAGAAGAAUGUACCAAGAAGGCAAUUUGCAGCGAAAGAGCAAACUUUAUGUCUAAUAGUAUUAAAUAUUAUACACGUAUGAGAAUUAUUCUAAAAGUUAUAAGAAUAAUUAUAUAUAUUUUUCGUCUGGACGUGCGUACCGUUAGCGUAGUGUAUGACACGAUACAUUUUUCUUUGAUAUCACUUAUGUUUUUGACAGAGAUAUAUUCGUGUAUCGAGUGUACGUAUUUAUGUAUUGUAUAAUUCGAUGUGUUACAUAUUAACAUAUUACUACAUUUCACGUUCAAUCAUGAGAUCAGGCACUGAUAAGUGAUCGAAGCUGAUAGGCAGAAUAAAGAAGCUCGAUCACAAGAUCAAGAGAGAAAUAAUUAUGAUCGGCUAAUAAAAACACAUGAAAGUGCUAAAGAUUCCGGCAACAAUCGACUUGAUGUCCUUAUUUCUCCGCCGCGUGCACGCUCUGUAUUAUUAUUUUUUAAAUACGGAAUACAUUUUACAUUCAACUUGCUUAAUAUGUUAACGUAGUCAUUAAUUAAUAGCUUUGUCUUCGAAAUUGUCGUCUAUGUGUGAUAUCAUAUUACAAAUAAACUAAUCAGUCAGUUGAAUUAAGCUAUUCUGUGGUUUGCAAGCAAGAUUAGACGCAUCAGAGAAUUGCAUAAUGAUAUAUUUCUUGUAGUCCUUUUAUUGUAAUUAUUGUAAUUUAAGUGUAUAUGUAUGGCUUAAAAUGUGGUUUAGUACUAUGAAAAGAUUCUAAUAAUAUCAAGACAUAGUCGAAUUGUAAACUAUAAUAUAUGCAGAUAUUUGUGAUCUCGUAAUGAUAAACGAUAUUAAUGCGGUCUUCAUUUGUUUAUUAAAGUAUAGUGUAAUGGAUAAAUAAAUAAUUUAUUAAUUAAAUUAUAUUAAAACUCUAAAUGUAUACAAUUAUUUCCUUAGCCUAAACUUAAUCUAUGGUAGUUUAAAGAUUCGGUCGCUGUUUCCUGUUUCUCUCUCUCCUUUAAAUCUUGCUUGCAUAUCUCACAUCUUUAUCUUUUCAGUCUUCUAUUUUUUUCCUUUUCCUCUAUUCCGCUUACCUUAUGGACAUUUGUUUCCAUUAAAUUUUGUUUUAUUUAUUUUAUCCUUUUUGUAUAUUCCAUUCAAUUAUUUUUUAUUUG